CUUCUUUAAGGGAGGAGUAGAACAAGGGUGAUGGGCAGUCCUCUGUUUACACUGCGGUAAGAGAGCAAAGCAGAGAUGCAGAGGGUUUUCCACACCGCAUACUUAAUUGAACAAUCCGUGGAGAUUCUAUUGCAUCUGUCAUCUGGUGAAGUUGCCAAACUUAAAGAAGGUAUCAAUUUUGUUCGAAAUAAGAAGACUGGCAAAGAUUAUGUUUUAUACAAGAAUAAAGACCAGCUGAAAGCAUGCAAGAAUCUGUGCAAACAUCAAGGGGGCCUGUUCAUAAAAGACAUCGAGGAUUUAGAUGGAAGGUCUGUCAAAUGCACCAAGCACAACUGGAAGCUAGAUGUGAGCACCAUGAAGUAUAUCAACCCUCCUGACAGCUUCUGUCAAGAUGAACUGGUUAUUGAAAUGGAUCAAGAGGAUGGACUCUUGCUCGUAGAACUGAAUCCUCCUGAUCCCUGGGAUUCAGACCCCAAAUCUCCUGAGGAUUUAGCUUUUGGGGAAGUGCAGGUAACAUAUCUCACUCACGCCUGCAUGGACCUCAAGCUAGGAGACAAAAAGAUGGUGUUUGACCCUUGGUUAAUUGGUCCUGCUUUUGCCCGGGGAUGGUGGUUGCUACAUGAGCCUCCAUUUGAUUGGCUGGAGAGACUGUGCCAAGCUGACCUCAUUUACAUCAGUCACAUGCACUCAGACCACCUGAGUUACCCCACACUGAAGAAGCUUGCUGAGAUAAGACCAGAUAUUCCCAUUUUUGUUGGAAACACUGAAAGACCUGUAUUUUGGAAUCUCAAACAAAGUGGUGUCCAGUUGACUAAUAUCAGAGUAGUGCCUUUUGGAGUAUGGCAACAGGUGGACAAAAAUCUUCGAUUCAUGAUCUUAAUGGAUGGUGUACAUCCUGAGAUAGAUACUUGCAUUAUUGUGGAGUAUAAAGGUCAUAAAAUCCUGAAUACUGUGGACUGCACCAGACCAAAUGGUGGAAGGCUACCAAGGAACGUUGCUCUAAUGAUGAGUGAUUUUGCUGGAGGCGCAUCAGGCUUUCCUAUGACUUUCAGUGGUGGAAAAUUUACUGAGGAGUGGAAAGCUCAGUUCAUCAAAACAGAGAGGAAGAAGCUUCUGAACUACAAGGCUCAACUGGUGAAGGACUUAGAACCCCGAAUCUAUUGCCCCUUUGCUGGGUAUUUUGUGGAAUCACACCCAUCAGACAAAUAUAUCAAGGAAACCAACACUAAGAACAACCCUAAGGAUCUCAACAACCUUAUCAAGAAAAACUCUCAUGUGAUAACAUGGACUCCUUUGCCUGGAGCCACUCUUGAUUUGGGUCAGAUGCUUAAGGACCCAGGAAGCAGCAAGGGCAUCAUACAGCCUCCAGAGGGGACUAAAAUUUACAAGGAUUCGUGGGACUUUGCACCAUAUUUGGAAACGUUGGCUGCUUCUGUAGAUGAUGAAAUAUUUCUUCAUCCAUCCUGGAUAAAAGAAUACUUCACUUGGGCUGGAUUCAAGAAUUAUAACCUGGUGGUCCGGAUGAUUGAGACAGAUGAUGACUUCAACCCUCUUCCUGAUGGAUAUGACUAUUUGAUUGACUUUCUAGAUUUAUCCUUUCCAAAAGAAAGGCCAAAACGGGAACAUCCAUAUGAAGAAAUUUGGAGCCGGGUGGAUGUCAUCAGACAUGUGGUGAAGAAUGGUCUGCUCUGGGAUGAUUUGUAUAUUGGUUUCCAAACCCGGCUUCAGCGGGACCCUGACAUCUACCAUCAUCUGUUUUGGAAUCAUUUCCAGAUAAAACUCCCGUUAACACCACCCGACUGGAAGUCCUUCCUGAUGCACCGAGAGUUGGAACGGGCUUACAAUAACCCAGUAAAGCCAUCUAGAGAUUGGAAGACGCCCUUGGCAGAAAGACCAGCCCACCCAGUCUCUUUUCAGGCACUUAAAUAAAGUUUAU